AUGCUGCUGUCCUCUUAUCGCGAGUCAAUCGAUCACCGUGUCGUAUCACGGCACAAUGUCCUCCCUUCGCCAUCGAUGUCCUGUGGACCCUACGAACCGGUGUCUGCGAACGACGUGAACCAUAAGUCUCCACCGGCCACGGAUCGUACAAAGUUCACGUUCGGUCGGUACAACCAUGACACGAUCAGUAUGAUCGUGAUCGACCCGUCUGGCCAUGUGGUGGCCGGAACGUCCACCAAUGGAGCAAGACACAAAAUCCCGGGUCGCGUCGGUGACUCGCCGAUACCGGGUGCCGGUGCGUAUGCGGAUUCCGAGGUUGGUGCUGCGGUGGCUACCGGCGAUGGGGACGUCAUGAUGCGGUUCCUGCCUGCGCUCCUAGCCGUCGAGGGAAUGCGCAAUGGAUUGGGUCCGGAAGAGGCCGGUCAGCGGGCUAUCGCCCGGAUUGCCAAGUACUAUCCCGCGUUCAUGGGUGGCAUUGUGGUGGCUACGAAGGAUGGCCAUCACGGGGCGGCCUGCCACGGUAUGGAGGAGUUUCCGUACUCGGUGGCCGAUGCCAGUGACCAGGUGCAGGUCCUCACGGUCAAGUGUUAGUGAGCCGGAAAAG